CACAUCUCAUCUUCCAUACAAUAUUGAAACCAUCAUUAUGAGGGAAACUUUUUGUGCUAUGCUUGUUCUAGUUGUUGCAUUGUUCUUUGGAGCUGCAGAGUUUUGUUCUGGUCGAAACACGAGCUUUAGCUGUAUAGAAAGGGAGAGAGAAGCCCUCUUGAAGUUCAAACUUUGUUUCCAUGAUCCAUUGCAUAUGUUGUCUUCUUGGAAAGGCAAUAACUAUUGUGAAUGGAGAGGAGUACGCUGUGACAAAAAUAGCGGAUAUGUUGUCUCGCUUCAACUCAGGGGAUCAAUAUCUUAUCAACAACCUCAAUUAUACUUAAUUGACAACGUAGAGGAGGUUGUUUCAAGUUUGCUCAAGCUGAGAUACUUGGAACACCUGGACUUGAGCAGAAAUAAUUUCAGUGGUAAUCUUAUUCCACCCUCUUUUGGCUUGAUGAAGCAGCUGAGGUACCUAAAUCUCUCUAAUGUGCAGUUCACAGGAAGAAUUCCUGGUGAACUUGGAAAUCUUACAAGAGUUCGUGUUCUUGAUCUUUCUCAAUAUAAUCAUGGGAGAUUGAAGGUUGAUGAUGACAUUCAGUGGAUUUCUCGUCUCUCCUCUUUGCAACAACUUGAUAUGAGUGGAGUAAAUUUAAGUCAUGCCUCAUCAAACUUGUUCCAGGUACUUGGCAUGCUUUCUUCAUUAUCAUGGUUGAGUCUGUCAGACUGUAGUCUAAAAAAUUCUCACAUACCAUCUCGCAACCAUCCCCUUAAUUUUACAUUUCUUGGAAAUAUUAGGCACUUUGAUAUUUCAUGGAACUCUUUUCAUGGUCCAUUGCCUAUUUUUCUCCAAAACAUGACUUCAUUGACAUUUCUUGAUAUGAGUGGAGUAAAUCUAAACCUUGCGUCAUCAAACUUGUUUCAAGUACUUGGCAUGCUUCCUUCAUUGUCAUGGUUAAGUCUGUCAAGCUGUAGUCUUGAAAAUUCUCACUUACCAUCUAGUAGCCAUCCCCUAAAUUUUACAUUUCUUGGCAAUAUUCAACACUUUGAUCUUUCAUUGCACUUUUUGCAAGGUCCAAUAUCUAUAUUUCUCCAAAACAUGACUUCCUUGAUAUUUCUUAGUCUUUUUUGUAAUCAAUUGAGUGGGAGUAUUCCAGAUGGCAUCGAGCAACUUUCUAAGUUAGAGAGCAUAUAUCUUUCUAGCAAUCAAUUAAGUGGGAGUAUUCCAGAUAGCAUCGGGCAACUUUCUAAGUUAGAGAACAUAGAUCUUUCUGGCAAUCAAUUGAGUGGGAGAAUUCCAAAUAGCAUCGGACAACUUUCUAAGUCAAAGAUCAUAGAUCUUUCUGAGAAUCAAUUGAGUGGGAGUAUUCAAGAUAGAAUUGGGCAACUUUCUAAGUUAGAGAGCAUAGAUCUUCAUGGCAAUCAAUUGAGUGGGAUUAUUCCAGAUAGCAUUGGGCAACUUUCUAAGCUAGAGAGCAUAGUUCUUCAUGGCAAUCAAUUGAGUGGGAGUAUUCCAGAUAGCAUCGGGCAACUUUCUAAGUUAGAGAGCAUAUAUCUUUCUAGCAAUCAAUUGAGUGGGAGUAUUCCAAAUAGCAUUGGGCAGCUUUCUAAGUUAGAGAGCAUAGAUCUUUCUGGCAAUCAAUUGAGUGAGAGAAUUCCAGAUAGCAUCGGACAACUUUCUAAGUUAGAGAGCAUAGAUCUUUCUGCCAAUCAAUUAAGUGGGAGUAUUCCAAAUAGCAUCGGGCAACUUUUUAAGGUAAAUAGCAUAGAUCUUUCUGGCAAUCAAUUGAGUGGGAGUAUUCCAGAUGGUAUCGGACAACUUUCAAAGUUAGAGAGCAUAUAUCUUUCUAGCAAUCCAUUUGGAAUAGGAUUUCCUAAAUGGCUUCUAUUGCAAAAGACAAUAGUCACGAUUGAACUCUCUAAUGCUAGCAUCUUAGGUCCUUUUCUAGAAAACAUCAGUCAUAUGAUGCCAAUGUUGCAAGGAUUAUAUCUUGCGAAUAACCUCAUGAACGGUUCAAUUCCAAAGUCACUAUGCAAUUCAAAAUCUUUGAUGUAUCUGGAUCUCUCAAGCAAUAUGUUUUCUGGAAGUAUUCCUAAUUGUUGGAGAAAUGAUCAAUUAUUCAGUUCUAUUGAUCUAUCUUCUAACAAUCUCUCAGGUUUAUUUCCAAGCACAAUGGAACGACUUUCUUCUUUAUUUGUACUACACUUGAACAACGAUAGUCUCCAUGGGAAACUACAUGUGGCCUUGAAAAACUUCACUUCUUUAGUGAUUUUGGAUUUGGGCGAAAAUGAAUUUUCUGGAAAUUUAACAAGCACUGUAGGGGGUGAGAUCAGCAACCACCCUUUAAAAAUUCUCGGACUCCGAAAAAAUUUGGUUUCUGGUUAUAUUCCUUUGGAAUUAUGCUCUUUCUCUCAAUUACAAAUUCUAGAUCUUGCAGAUAACAAUCUGAUAGGAAGGAUUCCUCCUUUGUUUUGGAAAGUUUCUAAUUAUGGUGAAUGCAACACAAUUGAUCAAUAGAAUGGAUGAGAGAUAUUGGUAUUGGCCACAUUUGAUGGUGGUUAUGAAAGGGAGAUACAUUGAGUAUAUAAGCAAACCCCUACGAUUUGAGAGUAGUAUAGAUCUUUCAAGUAACAAUCUAAUAGAAUCCAUACCAGAUGAGCUAAUUUUCCUUAAAGAUUUGCACAAUUUGAAUCUGUCAUGGAAUCAUCUCUCAGGAAAGAUCCCUGAGAAAAUUGGACAAAUGGAGAAUUUGGAAUCUCUCGAUUUCUCCCAUAAUGGCCUCUUAGGAAUGAUCCCGAAGAGCAUGUCAAGUUUAACCAAGUUAAGCCACCUCAACUUGUCCUACAACAACUUGUCAGGGCCAAUUCCAACAGGCUAUCAACUCCAAACACUUGAAGACCCAACCAUUUACAUCGGCAAUCCUCAACUUUGUGGAGCUCCACCCCUGAACAAAUGCUUAAAUGGUGUGUUGCCUCCAACAACAGCCAACUUCAAGGACACCGAUGAUGGUGCACUUGAAAGAUUGUGGUUUUACAUUGUCGUGAUGUCAGGCUUUGCAACUGGAUUUUGGGGAGUCGUGGGAACUUUGAUUUUUGUGAAAAGUUGGAGAUAUGCUUAUUUUCAAUGGGUGGAUGAUGUCAAACAUUGGAUCCUUAUGGUUGUUACAUUGAAGGUGGAACGAUUCAAGAAGAUGUUUAAGGGCAACCUAGAUGAUUAGUGACUUAUAUAUGGAGUAUGUUGUUAUUGCUACAUUUGUUAUUGAACCAAUUGGACAACCCCACAUUGUUGGGUGUGGUGUCUAGUCUAACUUUGAAUGUGCCAACAUUGAAUGGGCCAAUUUUUGAUGAACACAUAAGCAUUAGGGUUUGAAAAGUUUUCAAUAAUGUAACAUGGGCUUAGUUCUAAAGGUUUCACAAAAAUAAAAAUUCAUAAGUUAA